CAGCCGGUCAUCAUUAAAAGUUGCACCGAGCUGUCAAACUCCAGACUGUCUGAGCCGGAGAGGUUAUCGUGCAGAGAAUGGAACACAAGUAGUCUUCACAAAACACUGUCAAGUCUGCCCGGGUCCGUGCCAUGCUGCUGUCCUCAUGGAUAACAUCACGUUCAGGAGCGACACUGUGCUGUCAGACAUCCACCUUCUCCAGCCCAACACCCGGCACCUCAUGGUGAGGCUGAACGCGGUCGGACAACCAGUUUUUGUAUCGCAGUUCAAGGUCCUGUGGGAUAGUGAGCGACUGGACCGGAGUGAGUCCCCUCCUCCAUCAUACACUGAUCAGCAACCUCCAGAAAACACUGCAGACUGUGGAUCACCUGAGCAGGAGAGAGAGGGGGAGGAGGAGGAGGAGGAGGAGGAGGAAGGGGAGGAUGGACGGCGGCGGUCUUGGGGUCUGGAGCCCCUGCUGGACGAGGAUGGAGAUCUGGACGUGGUCCGAAGGCCGAGGGGGGGAGACGGCCCUGGGAGGGACAGGAUCUAUCCCAUAAUCCUGAGCAAAGGGGAGGAGGCAGCCAGCGAUGGGGACGAGCUGGAAGAGAGUGACUGCGGUGUCAUUAGGAUCGAACAUACGAUGGCCACUCCAUUAGAAGAUGUUGGGAAGCAGGUGUGGCGAGGAGCCUUUCUCAUGGCUGACUUCAUCCUGUCUCACCGGGACCUGUUCCAGGGCUGCACCGUGCUGGAGCUGGGGGCCGGCACGGGGGUUACCAGCAUCGUCAUGGCCACGGUUGCCAAGAGGGUCUACUGCACAGAUGUUGGUCAAGACUUGCUGAGCAUGUGCGAGAGAAACGUUGCUUUAAACAAGCAUAUCCUGGAGUCAGGAGGUAGGAGGCUGCCUGUCCCCGGGAUUGAUCUGAGCAUGUGCGAGAGAAACGUUGCUUUAAACAAGCAUAUCCUAGAGUCAGGAGACGGGGACGUGAAGGUUUGUGAGCUGGACUGGAUGAGAGAUGAUUUCUGCACUGAUCCAGAGGUGGAAUUCAGCUGGACAGAAGACGAGGUGGCAGAUCUACACGACAACACCACUGUGCUGAUAGCAGCGGACGUGUGCUACGAUGACGACCUGACGGAUGGCUUGUUUAGGACUCUGUACAGAAUCAUGAGCAACUUGAGACACCCCUGCACUCUUUAUUUUUCUAUUGAGAAAAGGCUGAACUUCACACUGCAGCACAUGGACGUGUCGUGCGAGGCGUAUGAUCACUUCCGCUCCUGUCUGUCCGACUUGAAGAACAUCACCGACGGCAAAAUGAUCUUCACCGUGGAGCCUGUUCAACUCUGCUUCCCACAGUUCCUCAUCUAUGAACGCAUCAAACAGCUGGAGCUGUGGAAAAUCACUUCUUCACAUUCUGAUCAGAUGAAAGCUACCCCAGCAAUGUGAUGUCAUUCAUAGGGCAGCUGUCCGCAAUUUGAGAGCCCUCUUGUGUGUUUAUUGUGCACUGAUGGACUUUGAGUGCGAUCUGUGUGUCAGACGCACGUUCGGAAAGGGCAGAGAAGCCUAAUGAAGGGAAUGAGUUCCUUCAUUAAAAAAAGGCCACACGAUAUGUGAUUUAUUUUGUAGUGUGAGGGUGAUUUUACUAAACAGCAAGCAUAUAGGUAUCAUAAAACUUUACAUUUUCAGGUGUCUAACUGGCACAGUUUAAACCCUGUUGCAUAGCAGUUUCACUCGUUCCAGGUUUUGAUAGGAGCUUGAUUAGCCACAGUGUAUAGGUAACAAGCUCAGGUGUGUCUUAUUAAGCUCAUAGUAAAACCAGGAAUGGAUCAGACUGCUGUGCAACUGAGUCUUAUUCCCAUCCCCGAUUACCUUACACAUACACUUUUAUUUGGAAGCACAGACAAUGUAUAUGCAAGAAUUUAAAUGAAUACACGGCUCCUUUUAUAAAAAUGAAAACGUGUAUUUUUAUAUGCAAAUAUUACAAAGCAGAUUUUACAAAAUGAAUGUAUUGUCAUGAAUUCUGGGCGAUAUUCGUUUUAUUUUUAGACUAAAUAAAUUAUUUAUUGCAAUUUAUUUAAAUUUUACAAAACAAACGACUUCCUUUACACUUCUGUAUUCAGAGCAAGAGCAGAAGUUGUUAGUUUUUUUUUUUUUUUUUUAAAACCUCUGAAAAUCUGAUUUGUACUGCAGAGUUUGUGGGUGUGUGUGUAUGCGAGUUUAUUGAAAUUUUUACUAAUCCGUGUAUUAAUCCGUGUUUUUUGUGCCACUAAAAAAAUAAAACACAAACAAAAACUAUAAGGAGCUGCUCCAUGUAACGUGAACCGAGGUACAAAGUCUAUGUUCCUUUGAAAUGAACGGGACUACGUCUAGUUAAAUCAUGUACAGCACCGAAAGUGACUCGGUGUACCUUGCAUAAUGGACAGUGUUGCUUUAAAACCUUUUCUUUCGUGUGAAGCAGUAGGAUCUAAAACACUGAGAACAUUAAAAAAAAAAAACACUGGAUCCUGUCCUACUAAAUUAGACCCCCUUGGCAGAGGCGAAUGGUGCAGUGAGAAGGGAUGAGCCUUGAUGGGCUGAACAUCCUCUUCUCAUUCCCAAACUAUUCUGUUAUAAGUAUUGUAUUGCCUACUCUAUGAAAAGUGUACUGUGACCACACUUGAUCCCCAGUGGCCUCGACACUGCUGUGUUCUGCUGAGUGUGCUGACUGGUGUUGUUGUAUGAGAUUACUGCUGAAACUCUUGCCCUGAAAUUGGUAAGAAUAGUUGUUUAAUAAACCCCAGGUUUGUAUUUGUGUUGUAUAGCUGCGCCAUUACCAAGUGAAUAAAAACAGAAGUAUUUUUUGUACACCCUUUUAAAAAAAAAAUUGAUAGGAACUGCCAGUUUUACCAUUUUGUUGUUGUUUAUAAAUUAAAAAUAAAUUCUGAUUGUUUCCAGUAAUCUUGUACAUACACAUGUAAUAAUCACUUGUACAUUUACAGAUUUUAAAAAAGAAUCAUGAACAUUUUAUGUUAUUUUAUUGUUAAAAUAUUAUUUAAAUUGAUGUUCAUUUUGCAUUUAAAUCUAAUUAAACUAAGAGACAUACAAA